GGCGCCACUCCGCCUUCGCUGCUCUUCUAUCUUUCAACCUCGCGUGCGUCCUUCCUAAUCUCCUUGUUUCCUCCGCACACCGAGUUAUACACGAAACUACACCAAGGAUCAACUCUCAACUGACUCCCCAAUCGUUUGCUCUACCCCAAGACCUCAAGAAACCGCCAUGUCCACCUCCGCACGACGCCGCUUGAUGCGGGACUUCAAGCGUAUGCAAACAGAUCCUCCCGCUGGUGUUUCUGCCUCUCCCAUCGCCGACAAUGUCAUGACCUGGAAUGCUGUGAUCAUUGGCCCUGCAGACACCCCGUUCGAAGACGGCACAUUCAGACUAGUGAUGCAAUUCGAAGAAGCCUAUCCAAAUAAGCCACCGGGGGUCAAAUUCGUCUCACAGAUGUUCCAUCCAAACGUGUAUGGCACUGGCGAGUUGUGCCUGGAUAUCCUGCAGAACCGGUGGUCUCCAACAUACGACGUUGCUGCAAUCUUGACAUCAAUUCAGAGUCUGUUAAACGACCCCAACACGAGCUCUCCGGCCAAUGUUGAGGCGAGCAAUCUCUACAAGGACAACCGGAAGGAAUAUACCAAGAGAGUGAGGGAGACCGUGGAAAAGAGCUGGGAAGAUUGAGAACAGUGGAAGCAACUUCGAAGAGUUCCGAAUGGCCUGUUUUUCAGCGACUGCAUCAACAAACGGAUGGGCCGGCGUUAGGUUCUUAUCGGGCAUUUUCAGCUGUCCCGGGAGGGGUUUUCUAUGGGAACGAGCGCGACCUUGGAUAUGGCACAUGACACUGUCUUGUCAGCAUUUGAAUGCUUCGAAAUUAGCGAAGGAGUUUCUGCGACCAGGUGUACCUCUCACGGGCGGCUCAGGCUAGACGGUCAUGCCAGAGCAGCUUGUCUGCUCUCCAUUCUGCAGGCAUUCGCCCUGACUGAGCCUCAUUUGCGUCUCAAAUGCAUCGGCCUUGAUCAGAUAGCUCCUCGACACCAAUCUGAAAUGGUUGUGUUCUCCCUUGGCUUCAUUCGGCAUAAUGCUAGAACCAGUGACUCGACCACACAAAACACGUGGACACGCUUGUUCUACCUAGGUAAUCAUUCACACACAUGUCACAUCUAUCGUCGGGAGGGCGCUAUUCAUAUAAUCUCUCUAUACCGUCC